AUGAAGUUCACCCUCAUUGCCCUUGCCGGCCUCAGCGCCCUGGCCACAGCCCAAACCACCGCCGUCGACGCGACCGAACAAGCCGCCUCCAUGGCCAGCGCCGCAAAUGCCGCAAACGCCGCCGCCGCCUCCUCAAUGGCGCAGCGCAUUUCGAACCAGCGCGCCUCGCAGACUUUGGUGGGCGAAGCGGCGUCCGAAGCCGCUGUCAACAGUGCGGCUGUGAACAGCGCUUUGAGCGAGAUCUCUGCGCUGCAGGGCACGAUCGCGAGCGCUGAGGCGAGUGUCCUGAGCGUGCAGAAGACGGCGAUUGCGACGUUGAGCAAGCAAGUUGCUACUGCGACUGGUGAUGCGAAAACAUCGCUAUCCGCUGCGCUUGCCAGCCGGACCAAGAAGGUCGGCAAUAUCCUCUCCAGCGUUACUCAGACCGGCAACUCCCAGCAAACUGGCUUGAACCCUUCCGCGCAAGCUUCUUCAUCGUCUGAGGGCAUGGCUGCGGCGACUGGUGCGCCUCUCAUGGCUGCUGCGGCUAUUGGUGGUGGUGUUCUGGCUGUCGUUGGCUUGCUAUAG